AACCAUCACCAGCAACAACCAUAUAAUUGCAACCUUAAGUUCAAAGAAACUUAAAAAAACAUCUUAACCACUAUGCACAACUUCACCUUCACACUUUUUCUUCUUGUUCUUCACAUUGUCAAUUGAGACCACUUUGAUCACUUGUAUCUCAAUGGCAAUUCCAAGUUUUUUUGUUUCCUUUACCAAGAUCCUUGUUGGGUUUUGCCUUCUUUGUAUGGUACAUAAAGAUUUUGUGGUUGCCGGUUUUGAGGAGGUUCGGGUUGAACAUGAUACGAAUGAACCUCUUACCAAUGGUUCAAUCACUACGGCCGGUACUGGUGAAGAUGGGAGAUCUGAGCUUUGUGGUACUGAUCUAAGUUUCCUUGGACCACCUUAUGGUAAUAUGUCCACUGCCAAAAUGGUGUGUUCACCUAUAUGGAAUACCUUUGUUCUGAGGUACCAUCAGAGGGAAGAUAAUGUAAUGACAAUCAUAUUAUCGGCGGUCUACACGACAGGAUGGGUUGGGAUCGGUUUUUCGAGGAACGGGAUGAUGCUUGGAUCUAGUGCCAUGGUGGGAUGGUUUAAUAGAAAAGGUCAUGCAAGGAUCAAGCAGUAUUACUUGCAGGGUGCCCAUGCAUCACAAGUCAUACCAGAUAAAGGUGAAUUGCCACUUAACGGUAUUCCACCGGUUGUUUCCCUUCAUGGGGCAAUGAUUUACUUGGCAUUUCAAGCCAAGUUCGAACAUCGUCUUGGCCGACAACCGAUUUUAUUAGCUUUUGGAACAAGGUACCCUACUGGUUUUCACCACUUAACUAAACACGACGAUAAGACCGCUGUUUGGUUCGACUUCUCUCAAGCAUCUGUUUUAAACAUUGACACAAGCCAGAGGAAAAACCACGGCAUAUUGGGUUUAAUGGCAUGGGGUUUAAUUCUCCCAGCGGGUGCAAUCGUCCCGAGAUACUUAAAGCACAAAGAUCCACUCUGGUAUUACCUUCAUGCUGUGAUCCAAUUCCUGGGGUUCAUCCUAGGACUUGCAUCCGUACUCCUCGGUAUACAACUUUACCAAGGCAUGAAUGCCGAUAUCCCGGCACAUAGAGGCAUAGGAAUCUUUGUUCUUGUGCUUAGCAUUCUUCAGGUAAUGGCGUUUUUCCUACGGCCGAAUAAAGAUUCAAAGUACCGUCGAUAUUGGAACUGGUACCACCUUUGGUUCGGACGGAUGGCCCUUUUCUUCGGAUCUUUAAACAUCGUACUGGGAAUUCAAUACGCUGGCGCAGGGGAUGACUGGAAGAUUGGCUAUGGGUUCCUUCUUGCCAUAACUCUACUUGUAGUUAUUAUUUUAGAAACAUUCUCCUGUAUGAGGAGAAGAAGAGACAAGUCCAAUCUGCCUUCAAACUUCCAAAUGAAUACAAUUUAGUAACUCAUGUUCAAAAAAAAAAGAAGAAAAUUUGUUGAUAUUUUUCGAUGGAUCAAAGGGGGUUUUGGUAAUGAUGGAUCAUGUAUUUUGCAUCAGAUUGGUGUGUGCUCAGCAUUGAAGGAAGUCAAUCCAUGGCUAAACACCGUUGUUCAAAUGGGACCCCACAAUCCUACAUGGUUUGAAUUUAACCCCUGACUGAAACCUAUUGUCAUGUGUGAGUUUUGAUCGUGUCAAAAAGUGAUUAAAUUAGCUUCAUAUUUGUUUGUCAAAGUUGAAGAAUUCCAAUUUCAGUUUUUCUUUUCCUGAGACAGAAUGGGUCAAUUUUUUUCUCUGUCAAAGCGUAAUUGUAAACAUACCUACUUUUUUCAAAGCAUGACUAUUUUUUCA